AUGACUGUCUUCUUCAUUACCGGCGCCAGCUCGGGCUUGGGCCUUGCUUUGAGUGUUGGAGCCCUUCGUCAUGGUCACCGAGUCAUAGGGGCAACUCGUAAUACGACUAAAGCCCGUACCGCCAACCCAGAGUUUGAAAGGUUAGGGGGUGUCUGGCUUUCGAUGGAUGUUUCUAGCUCAUCCUGUGAAGAUUGUGUGCGAAAUAUCGCUGAGAAAGAGAAUGUUGAUAUAUUGGUCAAUUCAGCUGGAUAUGCGCUUCUCGGCCCGGUAGAGCAGAUAAGUGACGUGGAAGCCCACGCGCAAAUGGAAACAAAUUUCCAUGGCACGCUGAGAACCGUUCGAGCUGUUCUUCCGACAUUUCGCUCUCGCCAAUCCGGCACAAUCGUCAAUAUCACCAGUGGCGCAGGUUUCAUUGGUCUUGCGAGCCGGGGUCUGUAUUGCAGCAGUAAAUUUGCCGUCGAAGGUCUUUCAGAGGCACUUGCAAACGAGCUCGCUCCGUUUUCUAUACGUAUAAUCAUUGCUGAGCCUGGCGCCUACAGAACUAAUUUUCUGUACACCUUGACGUUUCCUGAAGCUGGUAUUGGAGAGUAUUCAGAAACACCUGCCGGGAAAAUGAUGGAACUUACCAAAGACAUGAAGAAUCGGAAAUUGGGAAACGUCGACAAGGCUGCAAGUGUGCUCCUUGAUGUGAUUCUCGGCUCGGGCGUGGCGACUGAUGAAACAAUCCAGAAAUGUUUAAGAGUACCGUUGGGUCAGGACUGUUGGCCUCUGGCUAAAAAGGAGGCAGAGGCGUGGGUGAAGGAACUGGACAUGAUAGAGGCCAUAUCAAUGAGUGUUGGAGUAGAAGAAUAG